GCAUAUAUGGGCUUUUGAUUAUAUAAAGAAAAGAAGUCUGAUAGAAUGGGUCGUGGAGUCAGCAGUGGAGGGGGCCAGAGUUCUUUGGGCUACCUUUUUGGGAGUGGUGAGGCUCCCAAGCCAUCUCCAAAUCACGCCGAGCCUGCUCAGAAUCCACCACCACCAGCAGCAGCAGCAGCAGUAGCAGCAACAACAAAUAUUGGGUCUGCCCAGAAACCGGCUGCAGCUCAACCAGUUGACAACGCCAAACAGAUUCCAGCAGGUAUCCAUGGGAACCCUGCUAACAACUACUUCCGGGCAGACGGGCAGAACAGUGGCAAUUUCAUAACGGAGCGGCCUUCAACCAAGGUUCAUGCUGCCCCUGGUGGCGGUUCUUCCCUUGGCUACCUCUUUGGCAAUGGUGUUAACUGAGCACCUUGUGCCCUCAAGACGCAUGAUGGAAAUUCUUACUGUUUUUAGAUUCAUAGCUGAAACAAAACUGGGAUUUACUAUGGGCUUAAAUGCAACUUUCUUAUUAUAUGAUGUAAUAUAGCUGUCUUCUGUUGUGUUUGUUCUCUACUCAAAGAUCAGGAAUAGGGGAAGGAUUUGUUGUUUUCCUGAUCUUUUGCUGUUAAGAAUUGUGUUUAUCUUUCCAUUAUGGGUAUUAUAAUCUCAUUGCUGAUAUAACUGUA